AUGCACAGCAUUCUGAUCCUCCACAGCUCUUACAGCAGAUUCGCCACCUGUCUGGAUCUGACCGUCCUUGUGUCCCCAGCCCUGAGCGUGGAGCCCGAGGAAAGGUGGGCUCUGCAGACUGGCCGAGUCUACCAGAUCACCGUGGGCGUCCACGACCGCGCCUCCCACGCUGCUCAGCUGUCCGAGAACGUGAGGAUCGCAGUGGAGCUGUCGGAGCUGCACUUCGAGACGCUGCUGUCCUCCCCCAACGGCUCCUACCACGUGGUGCAGACGCUGCGCCCGGGACGAGCCCUCGUCAGAGCCGCGCUGGGAUCCAUAACGACCGAGAAUGGUAUGGUCCUGCCUCUGAGUCCUCCAAUCAGCCACCAGCAGGAAGUGGAGAUCUACAGCCCCAUUGUCCUCAUGCCCAGCGUUGUCGCGUUGCCCUGGCAUCCGGGAGACGGGCUGUACCACUACAAGAUACAGGUUGAAGGGGGCAGUGGGAACUUCAGCUGGGCGUCCUCUAAUCAAAGCGUCGCCAUGGUGACGGUGAACGGGACAGUGGUGACCGGUUCAGUUCUGGGCGUCAGCAUCGUUGAGGCUAGAGACCAACAGAACCCCUCCCACUGCGGACUAGCCAGGGUGUUGGUGCUGAGGCCUGUGAAGAUGCAGCUGUUGCCCCAGCAGGGAGACUGUGAGGUGGGGGGGUCAGUGGACCUGCCUCUGGCUGUGUGGGGGCUCCCUGACCUCCCUGAGGCCCCACAUCUGCAGACACCCCCUCAGCUGCCUCGGGACUCCCUCAGCACCAAGCCCUCGCCCCAAGAUCCCCUGAACGCACAGACGCCCCAGCUGCUGACGGAUUGCUCCCUGCUGCCCCUGGACACCCACCCCGACCGCCUGGGGGUCUUUGAGGCUGUGCCAGGCCAGCUCGGCCCCGGACCGGGGUCCUGCAGCGGAGUCCGGCUGGAGGCGGUCGGACCGGGUCACACACAGCUGACCAUCGGGAUGGCCACAGACCGGCACUACAUCACUGCCACGGCGACUCUCGCCUCCUACAGGCCCCUGCGGGCGCUGCUGUCGGACGUCCUGCUGGCGAACGGAGCGGCCCGAGACCUGCUGUUCGACGGCGGGCCGCAGCCCUGGGUUCUGGAGCCCGACCGCUUCUUCAGUGACCUGCUGGCUGAGCCCGGCGGGGGGGCCCAGAUCGCCGCGCUGCGCCCGCCCCAGCUGCACCGGAACCAGCACGCCUACCGGGUCACCUGCACUGCGCUGGGGGAGCAGUGGCUGGUGUUCCGGAGCGGGAACGUCCCCGGGCCUCUGAACCCCCGGCCCAGCGCAGAGGAAGUGCGUGUCAGGGUGGGGUGCGCCCUGCCGGCCAGGCUGUCCCUGACCCCCGUCUCCACCCUCUCCGCCUCCACCCCCGCCUCUCCGCCGCCACCGCCCCCCUCUGCUGCAUCCCCGCCGGCCCCCUCGCCCUGCCCCCAGCCCCUCUACCGCGGCAGCACGGCGGCCGUGCCCAGCUCCAGAGACACCGUGCUGGAACUGGCAGCCUUCGACCAGCAGGGGGCCCAGUUCGACAACUUCACUGCGGAGGCGGUGCGCUGGCACUCCUCCAACCCCUCCCUGCUGUCCGUCGCCCAGGACACGCCCAUGAGCCUGCAGGACAGACAGACGGGCUCUGGGCACGCCAAGCUGCACGGGCGUCAGAUCCUGCAUGCCCACGGUCAGACUGGCACAGUCACCAUCACCGCCAGCCUUGCUGAGCACCACGAUUCUGCCAAUCCGGUCAGCAUACAGGUCAGGACCUCUCCAUUCCCUUCCUUUUCUUAUAGUAGUAACCGAGAACAGAAUUAG